AUGACUUUAACCCGCUCUCAAACGGGGAAAACCCCCAAAAAAAUGGAUCGUCCCGGCUUCAUUGAGACCCCCGGUGGCCGUCGCACCACCCGCAACAGUUCUGUCUUCGAUGGUAGCGAGAAUGAGGUCUCCAACUCCCCCUCCCUAGAGAGAUCCAAGUCCGCCUCCCGUCGUCGUACAUCGGGCAAAGUCAAGACCGAAGAAGAUGAUGCGCCGGUGAAGACUACCAAUGGCAAGACUACCGGCCCUAUGUCCAAGUCUGCAUCGCGCGUGGUGGAUGGCUGGGAGGAAGGCCUCGAUCCCAAGGUGGAUUACAGCGGACAUUUUGAAUUCGGCGGCUCCCUGGGUGUGCUGUCCAUGAUGAUCGGAUUCCCCAUGCUCAUGUACUACAUGUGGAUUGGUGCUACCUACUACGACGGCAAGUUCCCUCGCCCCGCGGAGAACGAAAGUUACGGCGACUUUUUCGCGCACUUGGUCAAUUUGGUUUACACCGGUGCUUUCCCAUCGGUCAAGGCGUGGACAAUCUACUGGGUUUUCUUCAUCUUCGAGGGUGCCUGCUACGUACUUCUUCCCGGUGUCAGCGUUUCCGGUCGUCCCCUACCGCACAUGGGUGGCAAGCAGUUGCCAUAUUACUGCUCUGGCGUGUGGUCUUUCUACACAAGCGUUACAUUGGCACUCGUUGCGCACGUAACUGGGGUCUUCAAGCUGUACACCAUCAUUGAUGAGUUUGGCCCAUUGCUCACUGUUGCCAUCCUGUCUGGAUACAUCGUCUCUUUCAUUGCCUACUUCUCGGCUUUGGCGCGUGGUGCAGAGCACCGUAUGACUGGCUACCCGAUCUAUGACUUCUUCAUGGGUGCCGAGCUCAACCCCCGUAUGUUCAAGAUCCUCGAUUUCAAGAUGUUCUUCGAGGUCCGCCUACCCUGGUACAUCCUGCUGGGUCUGUCUAUGGGUGCCGCUGCCCGCCAAUGGGAGAUGUACGGUUAUGUGUCGGGUGAGGUUAUGUUCCUUGUAAUGGCUCAUUAUCUCUACGCCAAUGCCUGCUCUAAGGGUGAGGAGUGCAUUGUUUCCACCUGGGAUAUGUACUACGAAAAGUGGGGCUUCAUGCUGAUCUUCUGGAACUUGGCCGGUGUGCCUCUGAGCUACUGCCACUGCACCAUUUACCUCGCUAACCACGAUCCUGCUGAAUACCGCUGGAACCGCUACUUCCUUGCCUUCCUAUUCAUCGCCUAUCUAUUCGUCUACUGGGUGUGGGAUACCACCAACAGCCAGAAGAACCGUUUCCGCCAGCAGGAGCGUGGUACCAUGGUAUCCCGCAACACCUUCCCUCAACUUCCUUGGCAGACAUUGGAGAACCCCAAGACUCUUACUGCAGCCGAUGGCUCAAAGAUUCUUGUGGAUGGGUGGUAUGGCAAGGCCCGCAAGAUCCACUACUCGUGCGAUCUUUACUUCGCCCUUAACUGGGGCUUGAUCACCGGCUUCUCAAGUCCUUUCCCUUGGUUCUACCCUGUCUUCUUCGCUUGUAUGAUCAGUCACCGCGCUCUUCGGGACAUCCAACGGUGUCGCACCAAGUACGGCGAGACUUGGCUCGAAUACGAACGCCAGGUGCCUUACCUGUUUAUUCCUGUGAGUGAUUUGAUCUUUAUGUUUUUCUCGGCGCUUGUGGCUAAAUUUACCAUAACCAUGCUGAUCCAAGAAUCUUAUCAUGACGUCCCCACCAAAGCAGAUGGACAGGGGACGAUGCGAAUCUAUGUAUUCCACCCGACAAUCCCGGGCUACCCUAAAGCCCGCUUUCCCGGUGUUGUAGUUUUCAGUGAGAUCUAUCAAGUAACGGGCCCCGUGGCACGUUUUGCACGCCAGAUCGCAGGCCAGGGCUACAUCUGCGCAGCUCCUUCGAGCUACCAUGAAUUCACUGGUCCGGAGCCUCUGAAGUAUGACGCAGAAGACACAGACAAGGGGAAUGCAUGGAAGAUUGGCAAGAAACUUGCCGCUUAUGACGAAGAUGCUAGUCUCAGUGUGGACUAUCUGCUCUCACUACCCACUUGCAACGGCCGAGUGGGUGCCACAGGCAUGUGUCUAGGUGGCCAUUUGGCGUAUCGUUGCGCGCUGGAUAGCCGGGUCAAGGCGAGCGUGUGUUACUUUGCCACGGAUAUCCACAGCAAGACCCUUGCCCUGGGCAAGAAUGAUGAUAGCUUGGAGAGAGCCGGGGAUAUCAAGGGUGAGAUGUUAAUGAUCUUCGGUAAAAAUGAUAACCACGUCCCGCCCGAGGGCCGGGAUCUCAUCCGCAAGACCCUACAUGAUAAGGGCGUCUUGUUCGGCUUCUAUGAAGUCGCUUGGGCACAACAUGCCUUUAUUCGUGAUGAGCUCAGCAAGGGUCGGUAUGACCCAGCUAUUACCAAGGUCUGCUUCGAGAUGCUGCUUGAGCUGUUUGGGCGCACCUUGAAGCUGGAUCUGGGCGAGCACGAUGGGCAAAAGUUGGUGAUUGAGGAUGUGUGUUAA